AUGGACUGACCGACGGAGGGCGCUCUUUCCACGACUGCUGCCGAUAGAUAACGUUUAAGUAUACCAACCAGCUAGGCUGAAACCGACGAAUUCAGCUCGCCGAAUUAUCCAGAAAAACACAGUGCCGUGAUCAGUCUUUCACAUCCCACUCCAAACACACUAACACGGCAUUGAUGGUAAUGUAUGCGAGGAAACAACCGAGAUUCGGCGAUGGGUGUGACCGAAGAGAUUCUCAGCCCUAUCAGACUCUCAAAUACUCAUCUAAGAGCCAUCCAGGUGGGGAUCACCGCCAUGAAAAGAUGCGAGACGCCUCAGAUGUCACUCCUCCCUGCAAAAUGCUCAAGAGGUCUGACAGCCCCGAAAACAAACACAGUGAUGGCACAGGACACGGCAGAGCAAAGGCUGUCCAUGCACACCGGGCCCGGGAUCGAGAUGGAGGGACCAGUAAUUCCCCACAUGAAAACUCUCACAACCACAGCGCCCUGCAUAGCUCCAACUCGCAUUCUAACCCCAACAAAACCUCAGACACACCUCAUGAACCAGGUGACGACUGGUCGGAGCACAUCAGCUCAUCCGGGAAGAAAUAUUACUACAACUGUCGAACCGAGGUGUCCCAGUGGGAGAAGCCCAAAGAAUGGCUGGAAAGAGAACAGCGGCAAAAAGAUGCAACAAAACAGACGGCAGUGGUCAACAGUUUCCCCAAGGACAGAGACUACAGAAGGGAGGCUAUGCAGGCGUCAGCACCCCCUGGCUUUUCAGCAACAAAGUCAGCACAGGCGGAGAAGCCCACGACGACUCACGCUACCCAGUCUUCAUCUUCUGGCUCAGCAAGUGUGAACCCUGCAUCGGCCCCCCCAGGAUCAUCAGGAUCCACUGUCCCCGUCUCGCCGGUCCCACAGUCCCCAGCCCCUCCGCUUCUGCAGGACCCCACCUUGUUCCGCCAGCUUCUUCCAGCGCUUCAAACGGCCCUGCAGCUCAAUAACGCCAGUGUGGACAUGGCAAAAAUCAAUGAAGUCCUGACAGCUGCCGUCACACAAGCUUCGUUACAGUCCAUGCUUCAUAAAAUCCUCACUGCUGGACCAUCAGCUUUCAAUAUUACUACAAUUCUCUCCCAAGCAGCUCAGCUCUCCAGCCAAGCAGCUCAGCAGUCCAACCAGUCCCCGAUGUCGUUAACGUCAGACGCCUCAUCCCCCAGGUCCUACGUUUCUCCCCGCAUCAGCACCCCACAAACCAACGCCGGUCCCCUCAAAUCCCUUCUCAGCACACAGCCCGUCAUCUCACUGUCAAAGGCGAAUACACCAGCCACCAAGCAGUCAUCUCAUCCCCAGCAGACAUCCCAGCAGCCCCUCCCCAGCGACAAGCAGCACAGUCACGAUGCUACCAUCGCCUCUCCACGCACACUUCAGCGCCAGGGCAGCAGCAGUCAGAGGAGUCCCUCUCCGGGAUCCAACCACGUCCCACCUGGCAGCGGCAGCAGCAACGCCCCCGCUGUAUCGUCGGCUCCACCCACUUCCUUGGCAACCCGGCCGUCUUGCUCCUUCACCCCCGCCCUUGCCGCCCACUUCAAUGAGAAUCUUAUUAAACAUGUCCAAGGGUGGCCUGCUGAGCACGCAGAGAAACAGGCAUCAAGGUUACGUGAAGAGGCUCACACGAUGGGCAGCAUUUGCAUGUCAGAGAACUGCACCGAGCUGAAAAACCUUCGUUCCUUGGUCCGAGUGUCUGAAAUCCAAGCCACAUUGCGAGAGCAGAGGAUACUCUUCCUCAGACAACAAAUCAAAGAACUUGAAAAGUUGAAGAACCAGAAUUCCUUCAUGGUCUGAGAACUUCUUGUUGCAAGUAGAAGCUGGAAUGGGGGGGCCCAUUGCACAUAGCUGGAGGCCAGACAGAAAGCAGUUGCACCGUCUUAACACGGACCGCUUUGGCGUGGAGUGGGGGAGGAAAGGAAGAGUUGUUUGGAGAGGAGGAUGGGGGGAGGGGAGAUUUUGUAAAAAAAAACAAACAAAAAAAACAGAAAAAUAAGUGUAGAUUUCUUGUAGAUGUUAUCUAUGUUGUAAAUAUGUUUUGUAGAUGGAAGCCAUGGAAAGCCAUGCCUAUCAGAGCUUUGGACACCCCGACUAAUCAGCCUGGGCGGCUACGUUCUACGUUUAGCUAGCCCCGCCCACCACGGUAACUCGUCUGCAGCUUCCUCCCGUCGCCUCACAGAUCACUGAAGCCGUGAGCAUGCAAGUACACAAACUCAUUCCUCCUCAAAUAUCGGCCAAGCCAUGACUCUUCCCUCCUCUGCCCUCUUGAGGCGAAGCGUUGACGUGCACGAGAGCGCCGCCUAGUGGUUGGGUGGUUCUGUUCGCAGCUUCUCGCGGCCCUGACAAAAUAGUGCCUGGUGGUGUGUUGGUGUUGUUUCAUAAGACAAACUCACACAUGGGACGGCGUGUUGCUUUGAAUCAUUCCCACAUGCACAUCCUGGAGGUCCCCAGUCGAAACGUGUCCUUUGCCCGCUGCAAGUCCAUUCCAUUGUACAGUUCCAGUGGACUCCAUUCUGAGGAUUUAUUUAUGAAGAGUUGUAGUUUGAUUUGCACUCAGUGUAGGUAGGAAGGGGCAAGACGCAACCAGGCCAGGUCAAAUGUGAAUUUUAUGUAUGAUAAUAAACAUGUUAAGCUAAAGAGAGCCCGGAUUAUUUUAUUGGAGUGUUGGGUUUGCUUUGGUAUGAUGCUAGUGCCUUGUUGGAAGUCUCAUUCGCCUACACGUCCCUCUCCCGUCGGCUGUCCUUUACCUUCCCUGUCACUCAAAACACACAAAGACAAGCUCUUCGCCAUCAGCAUGUCCCAUCCUACUUCUCGCCUGUCCUUCGCUGUCGAAUGGCAGGAUCCCCAGAGCUGCAAAAUGUCUUUCCACCAUGCUGGCACCUCUGCGUCUAACUGACCUCCAUCACGUUCAUUCAGUAAAAGGUGACCACGUCGUUGCUUUGUCUAUUGUUUCCUCAAGUAUAUGACACAUGGAAUAAAAGAUGUCUCUCCAGGGCUCACGUCGUCUUGGCUU